AUUAACAUUAAAAAUUCUUGGCCACCAGCAGAAUUUUCCAACACGUGCACGAAAUAUACAGUGGAUUUUUUGUUAAGUCACGUUCGAAAUGCAUAAGAUUAUAAUAUGUUCAUUACUAUACGGUGCGAUUGCCAGAUGUGUCGAUUCUUUGGAUUGGUGUGAUCCGAUUUUAUGUUCGGAUGGUGUGCAACAUAUAGCCUGCAACAAUGAUGGGACUUUCCAUGAAAGAUGUGGCCACGAUGCGGAAAUUAUUGAUUUGGAACCAUAUCGUGAUUUUAUCGUCCAUGAACACAAUAAACGCAGAAAUUUUGUCGCACUUGGUCUAUUGCCUGGAUAUUAUCCAGCCGCACGCAUGGCCACCCUACAAUGGGAUGAAGAAUUGGAAUAUGUAGCCGACUUAAAUGUACGCACCUGUCAUGUGGAACAUGAUGAGUGUCGUAAUACGUAUCGUUUUCGGAAUUCCGGACAAAAUCUAGUUGGAAUAUCCAGAUUUCGAAAUAUUUAUCAGAAUAUAACAGAAAUUAUAUUGACCGAUAUGUGGCUGUGGUUUCGCGAGCACAAAACAAUAGGUAGCAAUAUUAUUACGGAAUUUAAGGUGGUGGGAGAUUUAGAUAAAUAUGGCCACUUUGCCGGACUCGUAUUGGACCGCAAUACCCAUGUGGGCUGUUCCCUGCUGCGCUACACCCGCCCAGAGUAUCCAUAUUUGUAUAUUUAUAAUUUCGCCUGUAACUAUUCCACACUUUAUGCCUAUGAUAUACCCAUCUAUUCGGCGGGUAAACCUGGUUCAAAAUGUAGAACUGGUACUAAUCCCCUUUAUCCUGGUCUGUGUUCUCUCAAGGAAGUUUAUAAUCCAAAUUAUUAA